AUGCCAUACAAAAGUGUACUUCUCCUACUGCUAUGCGUACCACAAUACGCUUGUACCAGUGGGUUCUUGGACCUCACUUUCUCGAAAAGCAAGGGCUCUAAAUUCCAAUCUGCUGGGCAACCAAUUGGGUCUCAAUCGCACUACUCCGAAAAACGCGUUUUGGAGCGCGAUGAGUAUCUGCAAGUGCAACUUACCAAUGCAAAUGAUUUCUAUUCAGUGACACUGAAUGUCGGCACACCACCGCAGCAAGUAACUGUUCUUUUUGAUACUGGAUCAUCAGACCUGUGGUUUUCGUCCAGUCAAAACCCGUACUGUGCAUCCCAUGCUUCUGGCGAUGACAACAAUUAUGAUCGGCGCGCCAACCUAGAUCAAACCCCAUCUGCUAUAUCUGCAUUACCUGAUACGACAAUCAUGGGAGUUCCUAUCGCUCCAACUAUAGAUUGCAGUCAGUACGGAACUUUUGACUAUUCAAGCUCGUCCACGUUCGAAGGAGACAAGUCAAAAUCUUUCCGCACUCGCUAUGCAGAUGGCUCCUUUGCCUUGGGAUUUUGGGCGCACGAUGAGCUUUAUUUGAACGAUUUGAAACUCUCUCAGCUUGAAUUCGCAGUAGCUGAUAUCUCCAACUCAACGGUGGGGGUCCUCGGUGUGGGUAUCAAACAACUUGAGUCCACUUUCAACUAUUUUAACAGUACAUCAUACACCUAUCCCAACUUCCCUGUGUUCCUGAAAGAAAACGGGGUGAUCGAAAAAGUAGCAUUUUCCCUUUAUCUCAACUCAUUAGAUGCUCCCGCGGGAUCGGUGCUCUUUGGUGGCGUCGAUCGUAGCAAGUACACAGGAGAAUUGGUUACGGUUCCCUUGAUAAACACUUAUAAAGACAAGGGGGUCCCGCAACCUAUUCAAUUCGAAAUUACAGUGCAAGCAGUUGGUAUAAAGAGCGAAAGCAAAUGUCUGCAGGAAACAAUCAGCAGUAUCAAGUUUCCGGCGUAUUUGGAUUCGGGCGCAACCCUCACAUUCAUGGACGCAUCGAUAGUGGACAAAAUAGCUGAUUCUGUGAACGCGAGCUGGUCGGACGAGUGGCAGUUUUACAUGCUGGAAUGUCCAGCUGCAACCGACGAUACUGAGCUAGUUUUUGACUUCAGCGGUUUUCAUAUAACCACACCCUUGUCUGAUUACAUUUUACAGACAGAUCAAAAGAAAUUAUGUGCGCUGGCUUUCAUUCCUGGCGAUCAGCAUGCAACUUUUGGUGAUGUCUUUCUGUCUGCAGUUUAUGCUGUUUAUGAUCUGGAGGCGUUGGAAUUGUCUCUUGCGCAGGCUAACUAUAAUGCAGGCGCUCCGGAUAUUGAAGCUAUUUACUCGAACAUUCCUGGAGCACAAAAGGCACCACAAUACAGUAACAUCUGGGAACAAGACGCUGCUGAUGUUGCGUUGGUCACCUCAAAUAUGUUUGACACUCCUAUGCUUUGCACCUCGGCAACAGGGACCAUAAAUGUCUCAAUGAGCGUUCAAUCCUCCCUUAGUAGCUCGCAGCCGAGCAACUCCCACGUUUUCAAUCAAAGUAACCUUGCCACGAUCACGGCGUCCAGCACGAUUGUAAAUAACACAUCCACGACAACAGCUUCAAGCACUAGACAGCAAUUAUCAGCGGACUCAAUUGCGAACUUAUUUUCUGGGCACAAUUCAACAACAAACAGUGACACAUCAUAUGGUACAGGGUAUAGGCCCACCAGUGAAGGGCACAGAGCCUCACUACUUUUCCAUGACGGAAAUUCGAGCACGGCUAUGACGGCAACAGAUUCGAGGAUUUCGGCUUCCAAUGAUACUUCAAUUGGCAACGUUAACAACACCGCAAUGAAAUCAAGCUUUUGUAUUAGGGAAACUCGCUCUUCUUUUAGGGGACAGACCACCGGUUUCUAUACAGUAAUCCCAUCGGGCCCUUUAUCGAAGGAUGCAACCAUACUUUCCUCCUUCUGGCAAGCUGCAACUUCCACGUCGUCUGUAGAAAACCAGAGCAGAGAGAGCGGCAGCACCUCUAACUCGAUCCAAGUUGAGUGCUCAGCGUGCCUCAUCCAGCCAACUGAUGCUUCUUAUUCAGGGUCUUCAAAUGCUGGUAAAUACAGCAGUCGAAGUACAAUUGUGAGCUCAGAGGGAGGACUGAUAACAAGUGUGGCAAACACUGAUCGUCGAUUCCAGUCAAGCGAGAUUAGCAGCUCUACAGCCGUUGAUGCCUCGGUAGAAUGCUUUGAGGGGAAAUCGUGCCUGUCGGGAAAACUAACACCUGCAACUUCGUCCCAAUAUAUGAUUACACAAUCAGAUUCGGCCGUUCUCGGAUGGGGCACGGUAAAGAGUAGUUUAUUUACACCCAUUGCGUUGAUACUAUUCGCCAUUCUCUCCGCAAUGUGA